AUGGAAGAGGAAAACCAAAAGCCGCAUCGAGUUUCACGUAAAGACCAGAGUGGGUCCCAUGUAACCGAUGAUAAAGCGUCGCCGGGAGGUAAAUGCGCCGGGAAAAGGUGCCGGUCGUCGUGGGCGGCGGCGGCGAUCGCCGACUGUGUGGCGCUCUGCUGUUGCCCUUGUGCCGUCGUGAACCUCCUCACGCUUGCCUUGGUUAAGGUUCCGUGGAUGAUAGGUCGGAAAUGUAUCGGCCGUGGUGGUCGGAACAAGAAGCGGAGGAAAAAAAUCAACCGCGAUGAUAGGUUUCAUCACCACCAUCACCGGAGGUCGUCGGAGACGGUGAAGAGUGGUGGAUGUUGCGGCGGAGGAGAUGGAGAGAUUGAUGAUUUCCGGUUUGUGGUGGAGAGAGACGGGAGCUUGACGAAGGAAGAGGAAGAGGAGGAAACGGCGUCGUUUAAAGGAGAAGAUGAGACGAGAAUCAGUGCGAGAGUUGAAGCUGAGAGAGUUUGGUUGGAAUUGUAUCAGAUUGGUCACCUUGGCUUUGGUAGAGUCUCUUUCACUGGAAUUCAUCACUGA